AAAAGAUAAAGAAACACAACAGAACUCAAAGAAAAACAACUUGAUUUCCUCUUUCUGCUCUUAUAUUCUACACUCAGUUCACUUCACAAACUCCUUUUCUCUUCCAUCUGCCACUCUAGAUACACAACUCACCACCCAUAAAACACAUUUGCAUCAUAGGCAGGCAUGGCAGCAGCACCAGCGGCGGCUGCAGCUUUGUCGAUAGUGUUAGUGGUGGCGGACCUGGUACUCUUGCUGUGCACAGCCAUCAAUUUCUCAGCCUCAAUGGUUGCGGCAGCCACCUGGUGUGUGGCCAGGAGUGAUGCCAUCGACCGAACUUUACAAACGGCUCUUGACUACGCAUGCGGGGCAGGUGCAGAUUGUGCACCAAUUCAAUCUUCUGGAAUGUGUUAUCUUCCAAACACGCUUCAAGCCCAUGCGUCGUAUGCCUUCAACAAUUAUUUUCAGCGCAGAGGCAAUGCCCCUGGCUCCUGCACAUUUGCUGGCACUGCCACCAUUGCCAAAACUGACCCAAGCUACGGAUCCUGUGUUUAUCCAUCAUCUCCAAGCGCAGCAGGAGGAACAGGUCGACCGGGGACUUCUGCUGGUACAACAAUUCCAGGCACAACACCAACUACAAGUUUACCACCUCCACCUCCAGGAAUCACUACACCUCUUCAUGGCGGUGGAAGUUUAACACCAGGAACGGGACCCAUAGACUCACAGCCAAGAUCUAGUGCUUACCGGGUUUUGUCAAUUGAAAACAUCAUGUCUUCAGUAUCUUUUGUGCUCGUUUUCCUUUUUAUCUUUCAAGCAGUGUAGGCUAUAAGAGCAUAGAACAUAAAUUUAAUGUCAAUAAUAGGUUAGUGCAGUUUUGUGUGGCAAAUGGAGCCCUUUUUUUACACUGCAGCGUUCAGCUACAUAUUCACAAACAGAACGGUUGUAGUAAAUAUUGAUAUAUUUAGUCGGGCCACUGUGAAACAUAUAUAAUUAUAGUGACGGAGAAAUUUAUUUGU